AUGUUGCAAUCCUUGGCAACCUUUGGUGCCGGCGUAUUCACGGGGCAGGGCCUGCAGACCUGCCACGCAUCGCUUCCCCAGUGCAGCCUCGGCGAACAGGACCGGGCCCGGCUGUUGCUGCGCUGCCACGGUGCCCAAAUCCCUUCGUUGCCGGCACCUGGCGUCCUCUCGCGGCAGCGGCCGCAGCUCAGCAUCCGUCUUGGUGCCACGGAGAGGCAGACCGGGCCGGGAGAUUUUAUGGAGAGCGACACGUUGUCCGGGGUGCCGGAGUGUAAUUGGCGCUUCGGGGAUGUGAUGACGUUUCUCGUCACCGUCGACGACGUGCUCAGGGAGGGCGGCUUGCGCUUUAGCCUGCUGUCGAAAACGGACUUCCGAUUCGGACCUCUGCAAAUGGAGUUGGCGCAGACCGUGGAGUUGGGCGCGGGAGCCCUGGACUUGAGGGAUGCUUUGCUGACAUGUGCACCCGUACAGUCGCGGUCGCCGUUUGCCGAGCCCUCGACGGCUCGCUGCUGGGAUUCGCCCGUGCUGCGAAUUGAUUUCAUUCAGAUGCAGUCUGCCUGUCCCCUGGACAUUGCCGCCACAGCAUUCGUGUCCGUUACCUACUUCGGGGAUCCGUCGUCGCUUCUUCAGAAAGCCGAGAAGGCCGACAAGCCACUACUGAAAAGGAUAGCAGGCCCUUGCCUUGAUCCCUGUCACUGGGCAGAUCCCGAUGCUCAAGGGAGUGUGAUUCCAAGCUUUGCUGAGCCAGAUUCAGAACAGCCACCUGAUUCGGAGUACACCACCUGCGAAGUGCCCUCCUUCCUUUACAACAGCUGGUUACCGGAAGCAGGGUCUUUCCCAAGAGUGGCAUCUCCAGCUGGGCGUGCAAAACACUUUGUUUGGCCAGGAGCGCACAGCCGCGAUGCCGAGAUGCUGCGCACCACUGGGUUGAAGGGCUUCGCCGCUGGGAAGCAAGGCAUUCAGAAGUCCCAAGAUGGCCUCAGCCCUUCGACUUCGUUGCCUCAACCUCUCGUCGUCAAGCUCCGGCUGCAGCAGCCCGUGCCUUCCACGAAGCUUGAAUCGGAUGGUGUGCCGACGUGA